AACCAGACCCUCUUUGUCUUCAUCACACCUGUGGAGUUUAGACCAGCCGCUGCCCUUCUGCAGAUUUCUCCCCUCCACCACCUCCUGCCACACCCUGCAAACCUUGCCUUUCCAGCCCUCGCUCAGAGGUUCCCUCUCCAUCGUCCCACCACGUCUGCGGAGUGGGUGCCGGCUCCCUCCCCCAGGGGUGGGAGUGAGGAGCUGGGGGAUGGACUUGACAAACCCCUGGAGAACGAUGCAGAGGGUGUGUGGAGCCCUGACAUUGAGCAGAGUUUUCAGGAGGCUCUGGCCAUCUAUCCACCCUGCGGCCGCCGCAAGAUCAUCCUCUCUGAUGAGGGCAAGAUGUACGGACGGAAUGAGCUGAUUGCACGGUACAUCAAACUUCGUACGGGGAAGACACGAACCAGGAAGCAGGUAUCUAGUCAUAUCCAGGUCCUUGCCCGGCGUAAGGCCCGGGAGAUCCAGGUGAAGCUGAAGGACCAAGCUGCCAAGGACAAGGCUCUCCAGAGUAUGGCCACCAUGUCCUCAGCCCAGAUCAUCUCCCCCACAGCCUUCCAGAACAAGAUGACUCUCCAGGGCCUCUCUAGACCGGUUUACCCCACUGCUGGUGGGUUCUGGCAUGGGGCUCUUCCCGGACAGCCAGGAAGCCAUGAAGACAUUAAGCCCUUCUCCCACCAGAGUUAUGCUAUGCAAGCGACUGGCCCGGCCCCAAUAGCAGGCUAUGAAAGUACAGCAGGGCUGUCCAUGUCUCCUGGUGCCCCCCCUUGGCAAGGUAGAAGUAUUGCCAGCUCCAAGCUGCGAAUGCUGGAGUUCUCCGCCUUCUUGGAGCAACCUCAAGACCCAGAGACUUUCAACAAGCACUUAUUUGUUCACAUCGGACAGUCCAACCCGACCUACAGCGACCCCUAUCUGGAGUCGGUGGACAUCAGGCAGAUCUAUGACAAAUUCCCUGAGAAGAAAGGGGGCCUCAAGGAGCUUUUCGACAAAGGGCCCCACAAUGCUUUCUUUCUUGUCAAGUUUUGGGCGGACCUGAGUGUAAACCUGCAAGACGACAGCAACUUCUUUUAUGGCGUGUCCAGCCAGUAUGAGAGCUCUGACAACAUGGUUAUCACCUCAUCCACCAAAGUGUGCUCCUUUGGCAAACAGGUUGUUGAGAAAGUGGAGACGGAGUACGCGCGCUUCGAGAACGGGCGCUACGUGUUCCGGAUCCACAGAUCCCCGUUGUGUGAAUACAUGAUCAACUUCAUUCACAAGCUGAAGCAUCUGCCGGAGAAGUACAUGAUGAACAGCGUACUGGAAAACUUCACCAUCCUACAGGUGGUGACUAACAGGGACACACUGGAGACCCUGCUGUGCAUAGCAUACGUCUUCGAGGUGUCCACCAGCGAGCACGGCGCACAGCACCAUAUUUACAGGCUGGUCAAAGACUGACACAGAGGCACUGGUGGGACUUGCCAGCUCUUUGUAGCACACCUGCGAGCAACGACACCAAAACCCUCAACUCCGUGAGCUGAAAUCUGUCGAGUCGGUCAGGAGUCCAGAGAAACACUGGCAGCGUCGAGCGUGUGCGAGAGCAAGAAGAGGGGCUGGACUGGGAGACGGAGAAGCAGAAGGAGGCUGGAUGUGAGAAGGAUGAAGGAGUAUACACUGUGGUUUCUGUACCAAAGGAGCCAACCACGGCCUUCGAAUCAUGCAUGUCAGAGUUAUCACUGCUGGUGUUUGUCGCAUUUUACUAGAGCUUGUUUUUGAAGUCCAUUUUUUUGUCAUGCAUGCAUGUUCAGGGUAUGUUUGCGACAGGAGAGAUCGGCUGCCUCAGACUGCCAUCUAGUGACUUACAUAAGUAUAAGCGAGUGGGGAGAAGUUACAAAUAAAUCAAUUUACAGAACAUGGAGGAUUCCUCUUUUGCACAUCCAUUGGAGUUCACUUCUGGUGCCAAUGUAUUUUUUUUUUUGUCAUUAAAGAGUUCAGUAAUUAUGUACAGCCCCAUAUUCAUCUGCUCAUCACAGAGCGGCUGAAAGGAUUUUAAAGAGAAAUUGUAUUCACAGUUUGAUGUUCACUGUUGUUUUGUCUUUUUGUCUUUGAUUGACAAGUAUCUGACUACAGACUGAGGCACAUAAUCUAACUGUUAACUUGAACCAGACAAAGCUUUUGUACGUUGACGGCAGAUGUUGUCUGUACUUACCGCCAAGCGUCCGAUAAGGAUUCAAGUGUAAUUCAGGAUCUUCUCAGGUCUGGAUGGCACAAAUAUCGUACAAAUGUUUCUCAAGCUCCUUCAAAAAUACAGCAGCCUGUCUUUUCAAUGGAAACAUGCCGUCAGACAGCUGCAGUUUCAGGUUCAGCUUUCAUGUGUGACUGUGUAUGGUUCUUCCACACACUAUGGAGGUUUUUGUUUGUUAAAUAAAUAAGUUGUUACAUUGCCAAAA